AUGGGGAAACAUAGAUACAUUGAAGAGUCUAUCGAUAAAAGCCUAGUGGAUAAUCCAGGAGAACCUAGUAGUAAUAAUGAGGAUGCCAUAGUCUUGGAAAAUCUUGGCUACACACCUGUUCUACAUCGAUCCUUUAGUUUAUUUCAUAACUUUUCAACCUCAUUCGCCGCCCUUUACUUCGUCGGUGGUGUUCGGGUUACUUUUUCGACGGGUAUAGCCGCUGGCGGUAAUCUAGCCUACUGGACAAGUUUCAUCAUAAGCUGUGUUUUCACCUUUGUUACUGCUGCUGUGAUCGCAGAAAUAUGCUCAUCUCUACCACUUGCCGGAUCCAUUUAUUUGUGGGCGGCUGAGGCUGGCGGUCCUCGCUUUGGUCGACUAUUUGGCUUUGUUGUCGCGUGGUGGAGCACAACUGCUUGGACAACUUUCUGUGCGAGUAAUACUCAGGGCGCUGUCAACUAUUUGUUAUCUGAAACCGUGGUGUUCAACAUAGACUUCCCAUCGGAUAGUUCCGAUAUCAAGUUUCGCGCUCUCCAAUGGAUCACAACCGAGAUCAUGUUAGCAUUGGCUGCAAUAUGGAAUCUCCUACCUCCUCGUUACUUCAAAUGGAUAUUUUAUUUAUCAACUUCAUUCGUUAUACUCGAUUUCCUCUUGAACAUCAUUUGGCUACCCAUCGCAACGGCCCGGACAAUCGGAUUCAGAUCUCCUCAUGAUGCGUUCAUGACUACCUAUAACGGUACGGGUGCUCCAGAUGCGUGGAAUUGGUGUCUUUCAUUUCUAGCCACGGCAGGAGUAUUGAUCGGUUUUGAUGCUUCGGGUCAUGUAGCCGAGGAGACGAAAAAUGCAGCAGUCACAGCUGCACGUGGUAUAUUCUGGAGCACGAUUAUUAGUGGUAUUGGUGGCUUUAUUGUUGUUAUUCUUUUCCUCUUUUGUGUGCCUGACGCCGAUACAUUCUUUUCCUUUGGUGGACCACAGCCAUUCGUUCCACUGUACGCUGUUAUCCUCGGAGAUGGCGGGCACAUCUUCAUGAACAUCAUCUGUAUCGUUGCCCUUUGGUUCAACACUGCAAUCGCAGUGUUAGCUGCAUCUCGCUUAGUAUUUGCUGUCGCUCGCGAUGGCGUCUUACCCUUUUCAGGCUGGGUAUCCCAAGUUGUCGACGGCCAACCUCGAAACGCAGUUCUCGUAGUCUGGGGCGUAUCAGCUCUCAUAACUUGUACCAUCCUACCCUCCGCUGUAGCCUUCACCUCUCUCGUUUCUGCUGCCGGAGUACCGUCAGCAGCUGCCUACGGUCUCAUUUGUCUCGGACGUCUUUUCUGCACACCCGAGACCUUUCCAAAGCCGGCCUGGAGUCUAGGUAGACUUAGCAAACCGUUUCAGGCGAUUGCCGUGCUUUGGAAUGCAUGGGUGGUGGCUAUUUUGUACUCACCGUAUGUUUGGCCUGUAGAAGCAGAUACGCUUAAUUAUGCACCUGUGAUCAUGGCUGCGACAACUAUCUUGGCGUUGAUUUCUUGGUGGGUUACUCCGGCUGAGCGAUGGCUCCCAAGUCAGCGUAUUCAAGAGACUCUGGAGGCACGUGGUGCAGGAGAUCUGGUUGAAGAAGACCAUUGA